AUGGCCGAUAAGUCAAAGCUGUCGCACUGCCCAGUCCUUCAGAGCCACCAUGUCGCCAUGCCAUGGGCUUCUCGCCUCCGCGGCCCUUGGGCUGCUAGGAGGACUGGCGAUCGACGUCUCCUGCAACUUCGAGGAGGGCGCCUGCGGCUGGAUCGGCUCCAACGAGGCUAUGAGGCUUGGAGGCUUCACGACUCGGCGGAGCUGGCGGCCUUUGAGGGGAUCCAAUACAUGCGAGCUGAGGUGAAGGGGAACGAGGCUCGGGAGGGGCAGCAUCUUGUCACAGAUUACAUCAGCCUCUUGCGUCUUUGGAGGAAACAGUUCUGGAGAGUCCUCGCUUUCGGCUCCAAGAACGCACCAAGCUCAGUUUCGCUGUGUACUCCCAAACGCCUCAAAUGCGUGGCAGCCUUGAGCUGGAGCUGGAGUGCUUGGAGUGGAACAACUGGGGCAGCUUGGGCCCGCUUGUGGACUCUCGCAACCCUCAACCAAGAAGCUUGGCAACAGUUCUCGCUGGAGAUCCCGCCCGUUGCACGGGCCUUGCGCUACGUCGUUCAAAGGAGCCACGACGUCAGCUGUGACUUCGAGCUGGACACCUGCAGCUGGAAGUGUCGCUGGAUGACGUGCGUCUUCGCGUGGGAGCUGCGCGACGUUCCCAACGGUGAGAGGAGCUCGAUGUCGAUGUCGACGAGGCAAUGUACUCCAGUGGUUUGGAUUGGAUGGGUGACCUUAUGGCCACAGCUCCUGUCCAAUUUCUUGUGGUUCCUAUGGUGCGUACCCAUCGAAGAGGAUGCAGAAUUUGUAAGCCGGUUGUUCCCGGAUCCGGAUAUCGUCUGUUGGUCAUCUGUGCACCGGCCCUCAGUUUACAUCGCCAUUGCCGGCCUCUCUGUGUGGUGCUUGGGGAUUCCCGUGGCGCUCCUAUGCAGGCUGCUCACAUUGGAUGAUAUACAUGCCCCUGACACGUACCGCAAGUAUGGCUUCUUCAUCGAUGGUUUCGAGCCACUCGGCUUGAUGUUUCUCGUCACGUACACUUCCAUUGUGCAAACCCCCGAAGCCAAAGUGCUUCUGUUCCCAGUGCUGUCGGGCCUGCAGCUGUGGCGGCGUGGUUCAAACCUUUUGCCAACACUCAGGCUGAAGUGCUGGAUGUGUUGGACGUAUCUUUGUGCACAGCGCGGUUCCAUCUAUUCGUUGCCUAGCAUCCCUAUUGAUUCUGAACCCUUCCGAGCCCGUGAUUUACAGCUGGAUCCUGUCCUCGCCCGCCUUGUCAAGAAGAACGAUUACGCACCCAAGCUUGCGAAGAGGGCCGCUGAUGAGUACCGGAAGUUCCUUGUCUUGAUGGGCAUGGGGGAGACACCGAUCGCCUCCAAAAUGGUUCUCGACGCCUGGCAUUCCCACAUCAUGCCACCAGUCCGAAACAUUAGCGCACUUCUUGUCCCCGGUAGUUCGCGCGAGACCAGGUACACGAAGAUGUACGAGCGGGACUGUCAGGAGGUAUUUGGCCACCAGCUGGAAAAUGACCCCCUCGGUGAGCAAUUGGAAGAAACUCGCCUGAAGCAGACGCAGCAGCAGAUCUGUGACUACUUCGGCAUGGUUGACCGACUUGUGUGGUCGGCAGCAAAGCCAGCUGCUCUCUCGGAGAGCACGGACCCUUCUGACAUAGCGGCCAUCAUGGAUCAGUGGCUGGACCACAUCAACGAGGAGGUUGUGCUCCGUAAAGGUCUCCUGGCAGAGGACGUCCACGUGAUGGUGGCUUCACAGCAUACCAACACGGCCGUGCCUCACACGGGCCUCGAGAACGCUCUGUCCUUCUUCCACCACUACAGCCAUGCCACCAAAGCCCGGAAGUUCCUGUCCGCGGACCACGAGGCCUUUGCCAUCGAGAUUCAGAAGGGCAAGCGCAUGGGGGCCGACAUCUUCGAGGUGGACUCUGACGGGAAGAUUCUGGACGUGAAGAUCUUCAUGGCCACCCUUUUCAAGGACGUAGACGACCUCAACGACGCAGGGCUCGAGAAUCUCACCGUGCACUACACGGGCAACGGAUCCAUGGCGAUGGUCCAAGUCGGGGAGGCAGGCGGUGCCUUGACCAAAGCCGCCAUGGAGACGUGGAUGCUCAAUUUCAACAACAACGCAGCUGAGAAACACGACCUUCUGGCGGCCGACGUGCACUUGACGCAUAUGUCGCAAGUGACCGAUGCGCCUGAAACUCGUGACGGGAAGGCUGAAGUGAUAGACUUCUUCCGCGACUUCGAAAAUGCCACUGGGGCUCGAGAGUUCCUUUCCGUGGACGGAGGCGCCUUCAUGAUCGAGAACAAGGGCAAUAACCUCCACCCCCGGAUGGGACUCCUGAUUUUCGAGGUGAACCCCGAAGGCAAGAUCCAAGACAUCAAGAUUUGGGUGGCCUCCCUGCAGGGAGACAGAGACGACUUGAGCGACAGCGGCCUGACUAGCGUCGCGCCGUCGCUACUGGGCUCACGCGGAGAGGUGUUUCGUGUAGAGGCUUGGGCUAUGUUGGGCAUUCUUGCGGUCAGACUUGCUGUAGACUUGUGUUCAGAGUUCGGAGCUCCAGGCGCGACUGAGCCUGCUGUGUGCCAGCAAUCCGGCAGCCGACCAUCGCUGCAGCAGAUGCAGAGGUUCAACGCGUCUGUUGAAAAGGUGAAAGCUCUGGAUCUGGAUGCGGUCGUGGCUUUUCUCGUGAAGAAGGACGGCUACUCGCCCACGAAGGCAGCAGAGCUCGCGGAGGAAUACCGCAAGUACCUGGCCCUGGUGAGCAUCGGUCUCAGCCCCGUGCCGUCGAAGAAGGUGGAUGAUGCAUGGCACGCCCACAUCCUAAACACCAAAAAGUACCAGGCGGACACCCGCGCUCUGUUGGGCCACUUCCUCCAUCACGAGCCGGCGAACCUUCUCCUUGAGCAGCAGGGCAUGAAAGAGCAGAAAUCGUCCAUGGACAACAUGUUCUCGCGCACCAAGAUGCAGCUCUGCGACUACUAUGGCCGCGUCGAUGAAGUGGCGUGGUCCAAGGAAGACAAUCCGGUAGACUUGGUUGUUUUCGUCCGUGUCACCUGGACUAUCCAAGUCGUGCGGGUGCCAAUGCGGCUUGUGUCUGCCACCUCCCUGCAGAUGCCAGCAGUGAUCGGAGUAUUGUUCCGGUGUGGUCGAUCUCGUUCCGGCUCUGCCUGGCUCAAGAGCAAGAUUGCUGUAGCCACCUUCCUCUCACCUACCGCCAAUCCACCUUGGAUUGACAUUGCCAUGAAGCCCGCGUGCGUUGUGGCUUGCUUGUUUGCUUUGGCUUUCAAGGCCGGGGUGUCUGCCGACACCCUUCGGGUCGACGGGGCUGGAACAGAUGUCGUGGAUGCCAGAGGAACGGAAACCGCGGACGCGUGCCAGUCCGGGAGCCUGAUCCAACGCCUGAGCUCAUCCCAUAAGGUGCUGUCCGACACUGAGGCGACGCCGGCGGAGUCCCUCAAGAAGACAUCAGAGAUCAAGGAGAAGAAGAAGAAGCUGAAGAAGCAAAAGUCGAACAAGAAACACUCAGAUUUCAUGGCCUUUCUCGCCGAGGCAGAAAAGGAUGGGCCUGGGCAUCCUGAGGGCUCUGAGUGCGAGCCGGCAGGAGCUCCGCUAUUGGGCGAGAACAGGGCAAAGUUCGAGUUGCUUUCGCAGAAGGUCUUCGCCCUCGACCUGGAUCCUGUCCUCGCCCGCCUUGUCAAGAAAAGCGAGUACGCACCCAAGCUUGCGAAGAGGGCCGCUGAUGAGUACCGGAAGUUCCUUGUCUUGAUGGGCAUGGGGGAGACACCGAUCGCCUCCAAAAUGGUUCUCGACGCCUGGCAUUCCCACAUCAUGUACACGAAGAUGUACGAGCGGGACUGUCAGGAGGUAUUUGGCCACCAGCUGGAACAUGACCCCCUCGGUGAGCAAUUGGAAGAAACUCGCCUGAAGCAGACGCAGCAGCAGAUCUGUGACUACUUCGGCAUGGUUGACCGACUUGUGUGGUCGGCAGCAAAGCCAGCUGCUCUCUCGGAGAGCACGGACCCUUCUGACACAGCGGCCAUCAUGGAUCAGUGGCUGGACCACAUCAACGAGGAGGUUGUGCUCCGUAAAGGUCUCCUGGCAGAGGACGUCCACGUGAUGGUGGCUUCACAGCAUACCAACACGGCCGUGACUCACACGGGCCUCGAGAACGCUCUGUCCUUCUUCCACCACUACAGCCAUGCCACCAAAGCCCGGAAGUUCCUGUCCGCGGACCACGAGGCCUUUGCCAUCGAGAUUCAGAAGGGCAAGCGCAUGGGGGCCGACAUCUUCGAGGUGGACUCUGACGGGAAGAUUCUGGACGUGAAGAUCUUCAUGGCCACCCUUUUCAAGGACGUAGACGACCUCGACGACACAGGGCUCGAGAAUCUCACCGUACACUACACGGGCAACGGAUCCAUGGCCAGGAACACUUACCCCCUACAAGCGAUGGUCCAAGUCGGGGAGGCAGGCGGUGCCUUGACCAAAGCCGCCAUGGAGACGUGGAUGCUCAAUUUCAACAACAACGCAGCUGAGAAACACGACCUUCUGGCGGCCGACGUGCACUUGACGCAUAUGUCGCAAGUGACCGAUGCGCCUGAAACUCGUGACGGGAAGGCUGAAGUGAUAGACUUCUUCCGCGACUUCGAAAAUGCCACUGGGGCUCGAGAGUUCCUUUCCGUGGACGGAGGCGCCUUCAUGAUCGAGAACAAGGGCAAUAACCUCCACCCCCGGAUGGGACUCCUGAUUUUCGAGGUGAACCCCGAAGGCAAGAUCCAAGACAUCAAGAUUUGGGUGGCCUCCCUGCAGGGAGACAGAGACGACUUGAGCGACAGCGGCCUGACUAGCGUCGCGCCGUCGCUACUGGGCUCACGCGGAGAGGAGGCUUCGGUUUCGGGCGCGACUGAGCCUGCUGUGUGCCAGCAAUCCGGCAGCCGACCAUCGCUGCAGCAGAUGCAGAGGUUCAACGCGUCUGUUGAAAAGGUGAAAGCUCUGGAUCUGGAUGCGGUCGUGGCUUUUCUCGUGAAGAAGGACGGCUACUCGCCCACGAAGGCAGCAGAGCUCGCGGAGGAAUACCGCAAGUACCUGGCCCUGGUGAGCAUCGGUCUCAGCCCCGUGCCGUCGAAGAAGGUGGAUGAUGCAUGGCACGCCCACAUCCUAAACACCAAAAAGUACCAGGCGGACACCCGCGCUCUGUUGGGCCACUUCCUCCAUCACGAGCCGGCGAACCUUCUCCUUGAGCAGCAGGGCAUGAAAGAGCAGAAAUCGUCCAUGGACAACAUGUUCUCGCGCACCAAGAUGCAGCUCUGCGACUACUAUGGCCGCGUCGAUGAAGUGGCGUGGUCCAAGGAAGACGUUGCUCUUUGCUCGUGCGGGUGCCAAUGCGGUUGCGGUUGCAGCUGUGGAUGCGCAUGCUCAUGUGGGUGUUGUUGCUGA